ACUGACUGAGCUCUUUAACAAAAGGAGAGAGACAGAGAGAGUUAAUGCUGCUCGUCUGAAAGACCCCACAUUUGCUUUGCUGUUGGAUUGAAAUGCUUACUGGCCAUCCAUCGUCGUCCUCCUCUCUCCGAUGCCUGCGCAUUUAAAACCCAUCCGCUCUUUAUCUCACUGCCUUCAUCCAGAUUAGGACGAAAGUUAGGGUUAGCUCAAGGGUUAACUCAGAAUGUGGAGCUCCACGGAGGCGGCUUUCUCCCGUUCGAGCUCCUACCGAGAAUGCGCAGAGGAGGAGGAGGAGGCGCUCAGGUGGGCGGCACUAGAGCGUCUCCCAACUUUUGCUCGUAUCCGCCGCGGGAUUAUACGGCGCGACGCUGGCGAUUUUUCGGAAGUUGACGUGGCGAAUUUGACAUUUCGUGAACGCACUGCCCUAAUCGACCGCCUCCUUGGAGACUUCGGCGACCCCGAGCGGUUUUUCCAGAGAAUUCGCCAGAGAUUCGACGCAGUAAACCUUGAAUUUCCUAAAAUUGAGGUUCGAUUCCAGGAGCUGAAAGUUGACGCAUAUGUUUAUACGGGAAGCAGAGCUUUACCUACGAUUCCUAAUUUUAUUUACAACAUGACAGAGGCCUUCUUGAGGCAGUUAAAGAUUUUUCCAGGUAGGAGAAAGAAAUUGUCCAUUCUGGAUAAUAUUAGCGGGAUAGUGCAGCCUUCUAGAUUGACACUGCUUUUGGGUCCUCCAAGCUCUGGAAAGACAACUUUACUUUUAGCUCUUGCUGGACGGCUCAAUACUGAUUUACAGAUGUCUGGGAACAUUACUUACAAUGGACACAGGCUAAGUGAGUUUGUUCCUCAAAGAACAUCGGCUUAUGUUAGUCAAGUUGAUCUGCAUGCUUCUGAAAUGACGGUCAGAGAAACUUUAGAAUUUUCAGGUCGAUGUCAGGGUGUGGGAAUAAAAUAUGAUAUGCUCAUGGAGCUUUCUAGAAGGGAGAAGAAUGCAGGGAUUAAGCCUGACGAGGAUCUUGAUAUAUUUAUGAAGGCAUUAGCUUUGGAGGGAAAGCAGACCAGCCUUGUGGUAGAGUAUAUAAUAAAGAUUUUAGGCCUGGAUAUUUGUGCCGACACACUAGUAGGAGACGAGAUGAUCAAAGGGAUAUCUGGUGGCCAGAAGAAGCGCCUUACCACAGGUGAAUUACUAGUUGGUCCAGCUAGAGUGUUAUUAAUGGAUGAGAUAUCAACUGGGCUUGACAGCUCAACUACUUAUCAAAUAAUUAAAUAUCUUAGGCACUCAACCCAAGCUCUUGAUGGAACCACAAUUAUCUCUUUGUUGCAACCAGCUCCAGAAACUUUUGAGUUAUUUGAUGAUAUCAUACUCAUAUCUGAGGGACACAUUGUUUAUCAAGGUCCACGUGUUGCAGCGUUAGACUUCUUUGCAGCCAUGGGAUUUAGUUGUCCUGAGAGGAAAAAUGUGGCUGACUUUUUGCAAGAAGUUAUAUCUAAGAAAGACCAACAGCAAUACUGGUCUUCUUUUGACAGACCAUACCAGUUUAUUCCUGUAGCAAAAUUUGUUGAAGGUUUUAGAUUAUCAAAUGUUGGUAAGAGAUUGAAUGAUGAAUUGGAAGUUCCAUUUAACAAAGAACAUAAUCAUCCUGCUGCUCUAUCAACUUCUUGCUACGGGGUUAAAAGGUUUGAGCUUCUCAAGGCAAAUUUUCACUGGCAGCUGUUAUUGAUGAAACGGAACUCAUUUGUUUACAUCUUCAAGUUCAUUCAGCUUCUGCUUGUUGCUCUUAUUACGAUGACUGUGUUUUUUCGGUCAACAAUGCAUCACAAUGAUGUUGAUGAUGGUAUUGUCUAUCUUGGUGCAUUAUAUUUUGCGACAAUUAUGAUUCUAUUCAACGGGUUCACAGAAGUUGCAUUGUUGAUUGCAAAGCUUCCAGUUCUUUACAAGCACAGGGAUUUGCAUUUUUACCCUCCAUGGACAUAUGUACUUCCUUCAUGGAUCCUUAGUAUUCCAACUUCUUUUAUAGAGUCUGCCAUGUGGGUGGCAGUCACAUACUAUGUGAUUGGCUUUGAUCCACAAAUUAAUAGAUUUUUCAGUCAGUUCCUAUUGCUUUUCUUCUUGCAUCAGAUGUCUUUGGCUCUCUUUCGUGUGAUGGCAGCCUUAGGUCGCAAUAUGAUAGUUGCUAACACCUUUGGAUCAUUUGCUAUGCUGGUUGUCAUGAUUCUCGGUGGAUUUAUCAUUUCUAGAGAUAGUAUUCCAAGCUGGUGGAUUUGGGGAUAUUGGAUUUCACCUUUGAUGUAUGCUCAAAAUGCUGGCGCUGUAAAUGAAUUCCUUGGGCAUUCAUGGGAUAAGAAUGUGGGAAAGAGUAAUGUGUCUUUGGGGAAGGAAAUUCUGAAAGGUUAUGGCUUGUUUGCUGAAAGUUAUUGGUUCUGGAUCGGUGCUUGUGCCUUGGUUGGCUAUGCUGUCAUACUCAACAUCUUAUUCUCUUUUUUCUUGACCUGCCUCAAUCCCCUAGGAAGUCCGCAAGUAGUUGUGUCCAAGGAUGGACUUCAGGAGAGGGAUGACCAGAAGAAUGGCGGGACUGUGAUUGUUGAGCUAAGAUCUUUUCUGCGGUCAGAUGCAUUUGCAGAAAUGGGUGUCAAAGAACGCAAAGGAAUGGUCUUGCCCUUUCAACCCCUUACCAUGUGCUUUAGCGAUAUAAAUUAUUUUGUGGACGUACCUGUGGAACUGAAACAAGAAGGAAUUUUGGAGGAUCGAUUACAGUUGCUGGUUAAUGUAACUGGAGCUUUCAGGCCGGGAGUACUUACAGCACUUGUUGGAGUGAGUGGUGCUGGUAAAACCACCCUCAUGGAUGUUUUAGCUGGGAGGAAAACUGGAGGACUCAUUGAAGGAAAUAUAACCAUCUCCGGAUAUCCUAAAAAUCAAAAAACUUUUGCGAGAGUCUCUGGCUAUUGUGAACAAAAUGAUGUUCAUUCUCCUUGCAUGACUAUUGUAGAGUCACUUUUAUUCUCGGCAUGGCUGCGGUUAGCUUCACAUAUUGACCAAGAGACUAAAAAACUCUUUGUGGAAGAAAUUAUGGAACUGGUGGAGCUUAACACAUUAAGAGGUGCUCUGGUUGGUUUACCGGGUAUUAAUGGUUUGUCAAUUGAACAACGGAAGCGGUUAACAAUUGCAGUAGAACUAGUUGCAAAUCCUUCUAUUGUCUUCAUGGAUGAGCCAACAUCAGGAUUGGAUGCCAGGUCUGCUGCAAUUGUGAUGAGAACUGUUAGGAAUAUUGUAAAUACUGGACGGACAAUUGUAUGCACAAUUCAUCAGCCGAGCAUAGAUAUUUUCGAGUCUUUUGAUGAGCUUUUGUUCAUGAAACGUGGAGGGGAACUUAUAUAUGCUGGUCCACUUGGCCCUGAUUCUCGUAAGCUAGUUGAAUUCUUUGAAGCAAUACCUGAGCUUCCCAAAAUCAAGGAUGGUGAAAAUCCUGCAGCUUGGAUGCUUGAAGUAACAAGCCCUCUGAUGGAAAAUCAUCUUGGUGUGAACUUUGCAGACUAUUAUCGAAGAUCUAAACUAUUCCAACAAAACAAAGAGUUGGUGGAAAAUCUUAGCAAGCCUGAAGAUGGUACAAAAGAGUUGAACUUUCCAACCAAUUAUUCACAGCCAUUUAUUUCCCAGUAUCUUGCCUGUCUAUGGAAGCAGAAUUUGUCGUAUUGGAGAAAUCCACAAUAUACUGCAGUCCGUUUCUUCUACACUACCAUCAUCUCUAUAAUGUUUGGUACAAUCUGUUGGGGUUUUGGUUCAAAAAGGGGAACUCAGCAAGAUAUCUUCAAUGCUAUGGGAUCUAUGUAUGCUGCUGUACUGUUCGUCGGAAUCACCAAUGCGACUGCUGUUCAACCUGUGGUAUCCAUUGAAAGGUUCGUGUCAUACCGAGAAAGAGCGGCUGGAAUGUAUGCAGCAUUAUCAUUUGCAUUUGCCCAGGUUUCCAUUGAGUUUCCUUAUGUUCUUGUACAGACACUUAUCUAUGGUACCAUAUUUUAUAGCAUGGCCUCAUUUGAAUGGACAGUGCAGAAGUUUUUGUGGUAUACAUUCUUUAUGUAUUUCACUUUGCUGUACUUCACAUUUUUUGGCAUGAUGACAAUUGCAAUCACACCUAGUCAUCUAGUGGCACCAAUCAUUGCUGCACCAUUCUAUACUCUGUGGAAUCUCUUCAGUGGAUUCAUGAUUACACGGAAGAGGAUACCUGGAUGGUGGAGAUGGUAUUACUGGGCUAAUCCAGUAUCAUGGAGCUUAUAUGGCCUACUUACUUCACAGUUUGGGGACAUCGAGGAACCAAUGAAGCUUGCAGAUGGAGUUCGCUCAAUAAGCGUGAAAGUUUUUCUUGAAAGCUAUUUUGGUUUCAGGAGUGACUUGUUAAGCACUGCGGGGAUCAUGGUUGUCAGUUUCUGUGUCAUCUUUGCACUUGUGUUUUCCGUGGCAAUCAAAUGCCUAAACUUCCAAAGAAGAUGAAGGCCUUGGAAACCUGGUUUUCUUAAUAAUAAGUUCCGAUGGCAAAAAAGAUGGAUAGAAUACUAUACAUAAUAAUAUUUCAUUGUAAGUCUGAUGACAAUUUUAAGCAACUUCCAUCUCUCUCUGUUCCCAUCUAUACAAUUAGUUUUCUUCCCUUCUCAUUUUCAAUUUUAGAAAAAAUCCUGCGGAACAGUGAGCUAUAUUCCAUUUGUCUUCUGUUUUCUGUAUCAUAGUAUUCAUGUCUGUCAUCUUUUUAGCU